AUGAUCACUGAAAAUUUGAAAGGCAAAUGUAGCACUAUUAGAGAAGUCAAAGACAAUUUAUAUAAGCCAGGAGAUGCCAUAAUUGGUGGAAUAUUCUCAUUAAUAUACCCUCAGCCUUUUGGGGUAAAUUUUAAUGAAUUUCCUAAAAGAAGUCGGGAAAUAUUUACUGCGGUGAUUAAAAACUAUCAACAUGUCCUCUCCUUGAUUUUUGCCAUUGGUGAGAUCAAUAACAAUUCCAAGCUCUUGCCAAACAUAACACUGGGCUCCCACAUCUAUGACAACCUCUAUGAUGCAAGGAUUACAUAUGAGAUUAUGCUGGAUUUACUGUUCACAGAACAAAAAAACGUAACUAAUUACAAAGAUUAUAUGAAUAUAGAUGUGUUUGCCAUCAUUGGGGGACUUAACAUAGAAAAUGCCAAGCAGAUGGCCACAGUUUUGAGUCAUUUCAAGAUCCCACAGCUCAACUAUGGGGCAUUUGAAACUACGCUAAGAAAUUCGGCUAAUCUGCCUUCUUUGUAUCGGAUGUCACCAAGGGAAACUAUUCAACCCAUGGGAAUUGUGCAUCUCCUUUUGCAUUUUGGAUGGACAUGGAUUGGCCUCAUAGUUUCAAAAGAUGGGGAUGGAGAAAGCUUUCAGAAGAUCCUGACAUCUAUGCUUUCCAAAAAUAGCAUUUGUGUUGCAUAUCUGUACAGACUAGAAGGAUCAGCAUCCGUUUGGGAUUAUGCUUACCUUGAAGAGAUGUCAAAAUUAAAUUCAGAACUUCUGCUGACUAAAGUGAAUGUGGUGAUUGUCAGCGGGGACUAUAAUUCUCUGAGUGGUUUAGCCAUUCUUUUAGGAAAGGAUGAAUAUGAUGAAAAUAUCGAUAUUGGGAAGGUUUGGAUCACAACAGCACGGUGGGAUUUCACUCAACCAAUCAGUUGGUUCAUCUCACCUACCAAAACAUACAAUGGCACAUUUUCUUUCUCAGCCCACAGAGAACCCGUGCCAGGGUUCCUUGACUUUCUCAAGACAUUAACACAUGAUAAGGCACUGAUGCGUUUUCUCUGUUUUUUCUGGGGAACAGCAUUCAACUGUGAAUUUAAUGGGGAAAACUUUGCAUUCUGUGAGCACAGUAGGGUGUGUAAUGGAAAAGAGAGACUGGACAGUUUGCCUACAUAUACAUUUGAGACAGAAAUGACUGGUCAGAGUUUCAGUAUCUACAAUGCAGUAUAUGCUGUAGCACAUGCCUUGCAUUCCCUUCACAGUUUAAAGCAAAAAACAAUUCUUAACAGAAGAAGAUCUGAAAAUAUUAAGCCUCAACCUUGGCAGCUGAACUAUUUCCUGAACAACAUCCAUUUUAACAAUGGGGCUGGACAAGAGAUCUUGAUUGAAAAUGGGGAAGUCGCCACUGGCUAUGAUAUAGUGAACUGGUUCAUUUUCCCCAAUGCAUCUGUCCUUAAAAACCUGAUUGCAACCAUUUCAACAAAUCAUGACUUCACUGUCAGCAAGGGGGACAUUGUGUGGAAUAGCAGACUAAAGCAGAUACCACCGCAAUCCAAAUGUGUUGAGAGCUGUCAUCUUGGACAAAGCAAGAUGGUUCAGGAGGGAAAACCAGCUUGUUGCUAUGGCUGCAUUCUCUGCCCAGAAGGAACGUUUUCUAAUGAAACAGAUGCAAUUCAUUGUCUUAAGUGCCCAGAAGAUGAAUAUGCAAACCAGAACAAAGACAACUGUAAUCCAAAAGUCUUCAACUUUCUAAGCUAUAGGGAACCUUUGGCAAUUUCUUUUAUUUUCCUUGCUGUUUCAUGUAUGGCAAUAACAGUUUGGGUGAUGCAGGUUUUCAUAAGAAACUGGAGUACCCCUAUUGUGAAAGCCAACAACCGGAACCUCACUUGCAUUCUUCUCACCUCAAUUUUGCUUUGUUACUUUUCUUCCCUCCUCUUUAUUGGCAGGCCUGGGACAGUGGGCUGCUUAAUUCGACAAACUGCCUUUGGCAUUCUUUUUUCUAUUGCAGUUUCUUGUGUGUUGGCAAAAACUAUCAUUGUGAUUCUGGCCUUCCUGGCCACAAAGCCAGGCAACAGGAUGAGGAGAUGGCUAGGGCAAAAAGUUGCAAAUGCCAUUGUCCUUUCCUGUUCCCUUGUCCAAGUGUGUCUUUGUACUGCAUGGCUCUUGUCUUCUCCUCCAUUCCCAGAUGUUGAAAUGAAUUCAAACCAUGGGCAAAUCAUAUUGGAAUGCAAUGAAGGAUCUAUGACUAUGUUCUACUGUGUUCUUAGCUACAUAGGCUUUUUGGCCAUCCUCAGUUUCAUUAUAGCUUUCCUAGCCAGGAAAUUGCCUGACACUUUCAAUGAAGCCAAAUUCAUCACCUUCAGCAUGUUGGUGUUCUGCUGUGUUUGGAUCACUUUUAUUCCCAGUUACCUGUGCACCAAAGGCAAAAACAUUGUGGCUGUGGAGAUUUUUGCCAUCUUGGCCUCCAACACUGCUCUCUUGGCUUUCAUCUUUCUCCCUAAAUGUUAUGUUAUUGUUCUUAGAGCUGAUCUCAACUCCAGAAAGAUGAGCAUAGAGAAAAAAGGUUUACCUAUAAGUGGUAAAUUGUAG